GAGGGCCAAAGCCGCAAAAGCACACCGUGUCGCGUCGGCCCAAACCUUCCUUCAGCGCACUCCAAGAAGGGUGCCUUCCCCUCUUCUCCCAAUUCCCACAGUUCACGCAUCCCAUUCAACAAGUGGAAUUGUAUCCUAAACUGGCCAUUACGACUCGACAUGGCGUCGAAAUAUGCAUCUGACUGGCCACGACAGGGAGCUUGCGAAGAGGAGAAAUGCCCCCAGGUCCUGCGUCUGCGAAAGUGGGUCCCACCACAGAAGCACAGGGUCAGGGCCCCCUUACAGCCCCUACCCAGCACCAGCAGGCCCAUGUGCUGGAGCUCUGCCCAGGUCCGGGUCCGGCACGCACUCCAACCACUGCACAUGCCCACAAGCGUGCAAGAGACGCCGCGCCGCCCGUUGCAGGCAGUUCAGCAUCAACCACGCCUUGCUGGAUGCAUGGCGGGGAGAUCAGGCGUCCGAAGGCAACGUCAGGGCGGCGUCCUCACCAUCCUAGAGCAAUCACCUCCAAUUCCCUGUCGCAAAAGCAUCAUCAUCAUCAGCAGCAGCAGCAGCAGCAAACCUACAGCUGGUCGACAAACAGGCCCCGAAAAGCCUCCCCGGGCCGCUCUCAGUGACAUCACCGCCAUCACCGUUGUCAAGCCCCCAUUGCAGCCUCCAUUGCAGCCUCCAUUGCAUGCUCCGCUCCCACGUCAAGAAAUACCGUUUCCGCGCGCCACUCCGACGUCUCGAGCCCAUCUGCUCUCCGAACCCCAUUGGCUGCCGGCCUCCCCCAUCCGUCUUCCUCCCACCUUCCAGCUUCCCGCACUCGGGAGGAUCGACAGUGAUUCCCGAUUCCUGCGCGUACUCCGUAUAAGCGUAUAGGAUCGAAGUUUGCCCCGUCUCUCUCGCCAUCCCGGUGCUAUCGAGGCACCUGUUCGGCCCAGAGCCCCGGACGUUGCAUCUCCUGGAACGUGGAUACCCAUGGUCUCAUGGCGUGUUGGCCCACUGUCCCACACAUUCCGCCGCAGGUUCCGCACUCCCAAGCAGGGCUGAGCGCUCGCGUCGGGUCGCACCACAUGACGG